AUGGCUGAUUACGAAGAAGGAUAUGAAUAUGAUGACUUUGGAGAGGAGGAUGCGGGUAUCACGGCGGAGGACUGCUGGACGGUUAUUUCUUCUUUUUUCGAUGCAAAAGGUCUAGUUUCGCAACAAAUCGACUCUUUCGAUGAGUUUGUUCAAACAACCAUGCAAGAGCUCGUCGAAGAAAAUUCACAGCUUACACUUGAUCAAAACAACCCACCAUCAUCGAAUGACAAUCCUAUCGCGCUUCGCAGAUACGAAAUCAAGUUCGGCACCAUUAUGCUUUCGCGACCAGCAAUGACCGAAGGCGAUGGUAGCACACAAGUCAUGUUGCCACAAGAAGCCCGUUUACGAAAUCUCACGUAUUCAAGUCCCCUUUACAUAGAAAUGACGAAGAGUACUCAAGUCGCCGUAGAACGUCCUGUUCCUCUCAACGAGCUGGAUGACGAGCAAGAAGCUGAUUUGGCGAACGGCGGAGAACAUCCUACACGGUUAGUUUGGGAGUAUGAAGAUGGCGACCCUGAUGGUGCUAAAGGUGGUCCGGCUCCAGAACGAGUUUAUGUCGGAAAAUUACCUAUGAUGCUGAAGUCGGAGUAUUGUUUCUUGAAGAAUUGUGACGAAGACGAUCUUUACGGAUGGAAUGAAUGCCCUUAUGACCAAGGUGGAUACUUUAUCAUCAACGGGAGUGAGAAGGUUCUCAUCGCACAAGAGCGCAGUGCGGCCAACAUCGUUCAAGUCUUUAAGAAGCCAGCGAACCAAGCAGUUUCAUACUUGGCCGAAAUUCGAAGCGCUCUCGAGAAGGGUUCGCGCCUUAUCUCCUCGUUACAGAUCAAACUAUAUGACAAGGGUGACAGUGGCCGAGGAGGUUUUGGUAAAACUGUCAAGUCAACUUUACCUUACAUCAAGCAAGACAUUCCAAUAGCCAUUGUCUUUCGUGCACUUGGCGUUGUAUCAGACGAGGAUAUCUUGAACCACAUCUGCUACGAUCGUAAUGACACACAAAUGCUCGAGAUGUUGAAACCAUGUAUCGAGGAGGCUUUCGUCAUCCAAGAUCGUGAAGUUGCUCUCGAUUUUAUUGGAAAACGUGGUAACGGUACGUCUUUGACUCGUGAUAAGCGUAUUAAAUAUGCACGUGACAUCAUGCAGAAGGAGCUGUUGCCUCAUAUCUCUCAAAAGGAAGGUAGCGAGACCAGGAAAGCCUUCUUCUUGGGUUACAUGGUUCACAAACUUCUUCAAUGUGCUCUUGGACGUCGGGAGACCGAUGAUCGAGAUCAUUUCGGCAAGAAGCGUCUGGAUUUAGCUGGACCUUUACUUGCAAAGCUCUUCAGAAAUCUGUUCCGCAGAUUAACAACAGAUGUCUACAGGUACCUGCAACGUUGCGUGGAAAACAACAGAGAGUUCAAUUUGACGCUGGGUGUGAAAUCCACGACGAUCACGAACGGUCUGAAAUAUUCUUUGGCUACAGGUAACUGGGGUGACCAGAAGAAGGCAGCAAGUUCUACCGCUGGUGUUUCUCAAGUAUUGAACAGAUAUACCUUCGCAUCAACACUUUCUCAUUUGCGCCGAACCAAUACGCCUAUCGGACGUGAUGGAAAGAUCGCCAAACCUAGACAACUGCAUAAUACUCAUUGGGGUCUGGUUUGUCCAGCAGAGACGCCAGAAGGUCAAGCUUGUGGUUUGGUCAAGAAUUUAGCUUUGAUGUGUUACGUUACAGUUGGUACGCCAAGUGAUCCAAUCGUUGAGUUCAUGAUUCAACGAAAUAUGGAAGUGCUGGAGGAGUAUGAACCGCUCCGAGCACCCAAUGCAACAAAGGUCUUCGUCAAUGGUGUUUGGGUUGGUGUCCAUCGAGACCCUGCCCAUUUGGUUAAAUGUGUACAAGAUCUUCGUAGAUCACAUUUGAUUUCUCAUGAAGUCUCACUUAUUCGAGAAAUUCGAGACAGAGAGUUCAAGAUUUUCACUGAUGCAGGACGAGUGUGCAGACCUCUGUUGGUCAUCGACAAUGAUCCAGACAGCCCCAACAAAGGUAAUUUGGUACUGAACAAGGAUCACAUCCGCCGUUUGGAGGAUGAUCAAUCUCUGCCAUCGAACAUGGAUAAGGAUGAGAAAGUACACCAUGGUUAUUAUGGAUUCCAAGGUUUGAUUAAUGAUGGUGUGGUUGAAUAUUUAGACGCCGAGGAAGAGGAGACUGUUAUGAUUACCAUGACACCUGAAGAUUUGGAUAUUUCUCGACAGCUUCAAGCUGGUUAUCAAAUUCGUCCUGAUGACAGCGGUGAUUUGAAUAAGCGUGUCAAGGCACCUAUCAAUCCAACUGCGCACGUCUGGACUCAUUGUGAAAUUCAUCCAAGUAUGAUUCUGGGUAUCUGUGCAAGCAUCAUUCCCUUCCCGGAUCAUAAUCAGGCUAAUUCCGUUGCGACAAAGUCUCCCCGUAACUGUUACCAAUCUGCUAUGGGUAAACAAGCUAUGGGAGUUUUCCUCACUAACUUCGAUGUCCGCAUGGAUACCAUGGCCAACAUUUUGUACUAUCCUCAAAAGCCUCUCGCCACUACCCGUUCUAUGGAGUUCCUGAAAUUCAGAGAAUUGCCCGCAGGGCAAAACGCUAUUGUAGCCAUCAUGUGUUACUCGGGUUACAAUCAAGAAGAUUCCGUUAUCAUGAAUCAAAGUAGUAUCGAUCGUGGACUGUUUCGAAGUUUGUUCUAUCGAGCAUACACUGAUCAAGAAAAGCGUAUCGGUAUGAACGUUGUAGAGCAAUUCGAGAAGCCAUAUAGAUCCGACACCCUAAAGCUUAAGCAGGGCACCUAUGAGAAACUCGAUGAUGAUGGAAUUGUCGCACCUGGUGUUCGUGUCACUGGUGCUGAUAUCAUUAUUGGAAAGACAGCGCCGAUUGCUCCUGAUUCCGAAGAGAUGGGUCAACGUACAAAAGCUCAUGUCAAGCGUGAUGCGUCGACACCUCUUCGAAGCACCGAGAGUGGUCUUGUUGAUCAAGUACUUCUUACCACCAACGCCGAAGGUCUCCGAUUCGUGAAGGUUAGAAUGAGAACCACGAAGAUUCCUCAAAUUGGUGACAAAUUUGCUUCCCGUCACGGACAAAAGGGUACCAUCGGUAUCACAUACAUGCAACAGGACAUGCCGUUCACGAGGGAGGGUGUUGUUCCGGAUCUUAUUAUUAAUCCUCACGCUAUUCCAUCUCGUAUGACGAUUGCACAUUUGAUCGAGUGUCAAUUGAGUAAGGUUUCUUCUUUGCGUGGACUUGAGGGUGACGCAACACCAUUUACCGAGGUCACUGUCGAUUCAGUCUCCAAGCUACUCCGUGCACAUGGCUACCAUUCUCGUGGUUUCGAGAUCAUGUACCAUGGUCAUACUGGUCGUAAGAUGAUGGCACAAGUCUUCCUUGGUCCGACAUAUUACCAACGUUUGCGCCAUAUGGUCGAUGACAAGAUCCAUGCCCGUGCCAGAGGUCCUGUACAAAUUUUAACAAGACAACCUGUAGAGGGUCGUGCUAGAGAUGGUGGUCUUCGUUUCGGAGAGAUGGAACGUGAUUGUAUGAUUUCUCAUGGUGCAAGUGCUUUCUUGAAGGAGAGAUUAUUUGAGGUUUCGGAUGCUUUCAGAGUUCAUAUCUGCGACAUCUGUGGACUGAUGACACCGAUUGCUAAAAUUAAUACCGGUUCCUUCGAGUGUCGUCCCUGCAAGAAUAAGACUAAGAUUUCUCAAAUCCACAUCCCGUACGCCGCUAAAUUGCUUUUCCAAGAGUUGGCAGCAAUGAACAUCGCCACAAGAAUGUUCACCAAGAGAUCUGGCAUUACAGUGCGCUGA